CCCCGUCAUGCGUUUCGGCAAGACUCUCCGCGAGUCCACAUAUGGACCAUGGAAGGACCAGUACAUCAACUACUCCAAGUUGAAGAGCCUUCUGCGCGAGGACGAGCGGGACGAUGACACACAGUGGACCGAAGAAGACGAGGAAAAGUUCAGCAACGAGAUCUUCAGCGUCGAGCUCGACAAGGUCGCCGCAUUCCAAGACAAAACCGUUGCGAGCCUCCAGAAGCGCACCGACGACGCCUUUGACAAGCUGAAGGAGUUUACCCCUUCCGACUCCAAACCAAAGGGCGACAUUGCCACCCAGCGCCUCAAGGAGCUCAAGGCACAGAUCGACUCCAUCACCAACGAGGUCGAGCAGCUCAAGAAGUACAGCAGUGUCAACUACACCGGUUUCCUCAAGAUUGUUAAGAAGCACGACCGGAAGCGCGGCGACAGAUACAAGGUCCGCCCCCUCAUGAAGCUCAGGCUGUCCGACCGCGGCCUCAACGACGAGAAGGCCUACUCGCCCCUGCUGAAAAAGCUCUCGACUAUUUACUACAUCAUUGAUUCCCACCUCGAGAGUGGCUCGGAGCAGGGCCAGGCGCUGCCCCCCGACCUGGAACACCAGGAGGAAGUCAAGAACGGAGAAAGAUACACUGCACACAAGUUCUGGAUCCAUCCGGACAAUCUUCUCGAGGUCAAGACGUACAUCCUCCGCCGUCUGCCCGCCCUUGUUUACAGCGACUCAUCUGCCAAGGAGCUUGACGGGAAGGAAGACCCCAGCAUCACCUCCCUGUACUUCGACAAUUCCAAGUUCGACCUCUACAUGCGAAAGGUUGAGCGCCAGGUUGAUGUGUCGUCCCUUCGCCUCCGAUGGUACGGCCAGCUGAGCAAGAAACCAGACAUAUAUCUGGAGCAGAAGAUCAUCUACGAGAAUGGCACCAGCGAGGAGAAGAAAAUCAACAUCAAGGACAAAUACAUCAAGCAGUUCAUAGACGGCGAGUACAAGAUGGAGAAGACCGUGCAGAAGAUGGAACGACAAGGACAGCAGUCCGACAAGGUCGAGACUUUCAAGGAUACCGCCGACGCCAUCCAAGACUUCAUCACCAAGAACAAGCUGGAGCCUGUUGUAAGGUCUAUUUACACCCGCACGGCUUUCCAGAAGCCCGCCGAUGAUCGUGUCCGGAUCGCUAUCGACUCGGACAUUGCUUUCGUUCGCGAGGACACGCUCGACAGAGACAGACCAUGCCGCGACCCGAGCAGCUGGCACCGACGUGAUAUCGACGACAGCAACAUGUCGUACCCCUUCAAGAACAUCAACCAGAGCGAGGUCGCCAAGUUCCCCUUUGCACUACUGGAGAUCAAGACCAAGGAGGAUGCGAGCCGCAGAAGACCGGCAUGGGUUGAGGACCUAAUGGGCUCCCACCUCGUUCACUCGGCUCCCCGGUUCUCCAAGUUUGUCCAUGGCGUAGCAUCCUUGUUUGAGGACCACGUCAACAAUCUGCCAUUCUGGCUCAGCGACCUAGAAAGGGACAUUCGCAAAAGCCCCAAGCAGGCAUUUGACGAAGAGGAGCAGAGGAAGGCUCGUCGCGCAGAAGACGCCCAAGUCGUAGGAAGUUUCUUGGGUAAGAGCACUGCCUCCUACAAGGCUGCCGCGAGUGGGUCAUAUAAACCCGCCGCAAGUUCACCUGUCGGCCAGUCAUACCUUGCUCAACGAAUCCAGUCCGAGGAACAUGCAACGCGGACCAACGAGCUGUCCUCGACGACCAUUGGUGAGCAUCAGGGCGAAGACGAGGAAGACGAGGAGGCGAAUGGCCAGCAGAGCUAUGGCACCCUCGGCAAGAUUCUUCCCAGCUUCUCCAUUGGUAGCUAUGCCCGUCUUCGCAAAGAUCGCGUCAAGCUUCCUGAUGGCGUCGUCGAGCCCACGGCUUGGAUCAAGAACGAGGGAGAGCUCAAGGUUGAGCCCAAAGUCUGGCUGGCCAACGAGCGCACAUUCCUCAAGUGGCAGCACAUUUCCGUGCUGCUUGGCUCCCUAGCUGUUGGUCUCUACACAUCGGCGGGCGAGAAUUUCCUGGCCGAGUGCAUGGGCGUUGCCUACGUUGCCAUCGCUGCGGUGACUGGGCUGUGGGGAUACAUCAUGUUCAACAAGCGGCAGAGUAUGAUCAUAGAGCGUAGCGGCAAAGAUUUCGACAACAUGGUCGGUCCAAUGGUUGUCAGCGUUGCCAUGAUGAUCGCCUUGGUUCUGAAUUUUGUGUUCGCUUACCGGGAGGCGUUUGGGAAACUGCACGGUGAAGCACAACCGGCGGGCAACGACACAGCAAAGUACAUCGUUGGGGAGCUGUAAAGCAAACCACCGCUAGGCUUGCCCAUGCAGGUACGGAAACUUGGGUGUAUGUGUUGAGGCCGCGAGAUGCUUACGAGAAGGGGCUGGUCAGCAGCACUGUAUGUAUAUAGAUCACGGUAGGGCUGCUCAGAGCAGACCUUGCAUACAAAUCACGUCCCACUGCGCAUAUAGCUCGGAAUAAAUAUGACAUACUCCGACUUGAAAAUAGAGAAGAU